CCUACUUAGAGCCACACACACACACACACACACACAGCAGCCUCCUCCCACUCACAGAGAGGCACCGACACACACUCACAACAGAGGAAUCACAAACACUCCAACCUCUCGCUAAACGGCCUCCAAGGACCAGGAUGUUGCCACAGUCUUCUCAACAAGGCGAAGGAGAUGUUCGCUCUGGAGAAUCCGGGCCUUACGAGAGGCACUUGAAUGCAACAUGACCUCGGCGGCGGAUCUCUCUGAAGUUGAGUUUGCCGGCUUGAGUUGAAUCUGUCUUCUAAGACUCAUGAGCGACUUCGACGAGACCGACGUCUUUUGGGAGUCUUGGACUUUGACGCCUGAGAAAAAGAAAAAGAAAAAAGACUCCAAAAAGGAGAAGAAAUGCCCGAAACACAAAAACAACACGGCGGCGACAACAGAAGAGAACAUCGUCCGGAAGAAGAAGAGAAAGAAAAACUCCAAGUUCAAAGAUGCGAUGGAGGUAAGAAAAGAGAAGAAACGGGGAAAGAAGAAAAACAGAACGGCGGCGGAGCUCUGUGACGGCUGGAUGCUCGCGCAGAGCGGCGGCGGCGCGUUGACGCCCGACCGCGACAAGAAGAGCAGAAGAAAAAAGAAAGUGGCGUUUGACUUAUCGCGGGGCGUCGCCGUCAAACGACCUCAGUGCGGGUCGAGAGCCGGGGAUCCGGGGCGCACGCCGCCCCGCCACGAGUCUCAGGAGGACGACAACAGUCAGGAUCUGUUCAUCACCCAGAAGACCUUCAGGCCGUCGCCCCCGUCCAGCGGGGAAGCCCCUCCCCCGAGUCCUCGAGGCUUCUCGCCGCGAGGCCAAGAGGAAGACGAGCGGCUCGGCAAAGCGCGCCGGGAUCCAAAGGACGGGAAAUGGUUCAAAGCGAACGUCGCCGAGGAGGAAGCGGCAUCCCGCGCCGUCCCUCCCCGUCCGUCCGUGGGAAGCACUUCCACGCAGACGGAAAACUUCUUCACCGCCGAACUCUCCUCUUACCUCGACUUCCGCCGAGCGGCCGCGCGGCCGGAGGACCCGCGGCCGCUGGACCUGAGCUUGCCGCGGAGAGCCAGAAACGACCCGGGGAGGGCGUGGCCUUUACCAGGAGAGGUGGGAGGGCCUCCCCGCGGCCCCUCGGACGUCACCGCUGGAGACGACCCGUGGUCUGAAGGCACCGACGGGAAAAGGGAAACGACCCUGAGCCUCGAGUCGGAGCCUGAGCCGAAGUCCACGGACACGACGACCUCCGGCGAGGACGAGCCCCCCUGUCGGAGCGGCAAGCUGGACCUGACCCAGGUGCGGGCGGUCCAGAUGAGGCUCAACGAGUCCUUCUUCUUCAAGACCAAAGGAGAGGCGCGGUCACCCCGACCGGAGUCUCCUCUGAUGAAGCUGGUCCAGGGCCGAGAGGUGAAACACAGGAAGGGCCGCUGAGGUCGCCGGGGUCACGUCACAGCAUCAAGGUUUGGAGCCGUCUCAAGAGGAAUAUUAAACCUCACCUCCGGACGCUCCAACGCGUCCUGACCGGCGUGCUCGAGCGGUCGACGCCCCUUUAGGAGUGUAGCGUUACGAGGAACAUCCAGUCAUCUCGAGCAACAAGAGAAAGCAUAGCACGUCCCACAAUGCAUUGCAUUUACAUAUUAAUGGUUUGUUUUUAUUUCCAAUGUUGGAAUUUUUCAAGUUAGACUUUCCUGUGAUGUUGGAGUGCAGGGAGGCGUUCCCUCGACUAGGUUUCAGUCACGGCUUUUAAAAAAAGUUUUCAUGAAGCUGUAAUCCAAUCGAGGUUCAUAGUUUUGGACGUUGUCCACUAAUGAAAACACAUCUUGUAUUAAUUAAAGUGUAUUUAUUGUG